AUGAGCACUAGAAUAUUGUUGGUUGGCUUAGGCAACAAGACAUUGCCAAACACAAGACACAAUGUUGGCAUGAUGGUGCUGGAUUCCAUUGCUAGCAAGCUUAAUCUCACCUGGUCUCAAAACAAAAACUGGAAAUCAGACAUCACGGAAGCGACGGUUCGAGUGGAAGCCAAGCAUGAAACCAAAGAGUACCAGGUGACACUGCUUAAACCUCGGAAGCUGAUGAAUAUCAGUGGUUCCUGUGUGGCACAAGCAGUCAAGGAUUUGGGUAUUUCGUUGCAAAACCUUUAUGUUUUCCACGACGAUAUGCAGAGAGAUUUGGGAAAGGUCAACUUGAAAGGAAGCGGAUCAGCGAAUGGGCACAAUGGCAUCAAAUCAGUGAUUGAAAACCUGAAAACCAACGAGUUCAAGCGAGUGCGUAUUGGUAUUGGCCGUCCACCUGCUGAUAUUGAUGAUCGCUCCUAUGAUGUGGUAGCAGGAUUUGUGCUGAGCAAGUUUACACAGAGUGAAGUGUCGACAUUGGAGGAGGAGGUGUAUCCCAUGUGGACAAGGAAUCAGGGAUUGGAGCUAUUGUGUGAUAAGGGCCAACUGUUUAAGCCGCCCAAGAUUAAGAAUAAGAAAAAGGUGGUGGAUCCUAGUAAAUGGGAGAAGAAUCAACAACAGAAGCAGGAAAAUCAGGCACCACCAUCAUUCGACACCGCAGCAGCUUCCGCCGUCAGCCAACAUGAAAUCAAGCAAGCCGCUUAG